AUGUGGAGUUUUACAAACUUUAACAAUUUUUUGGGUAGAGACUUUUUAAAUAUAACUGAACCCUUUACAGAAGAAUAUACAUGUUAUCCUGUAUCCUUUAUUGGAAAAGAUGAUAUGGAAAAUGGAAAUAAAAUUAUACUUCCACAAACGGCUUUAAACGCAUUAGCUAGGAGACAUAUAUCGUGGCCUAUGUUAUUUGAAGUUUCAAAUCCAUACACUGAAAAACGAACACACAGCGGGGUUCUUGAAUUUAUUUCGGAUGAGGGUACUUGUCAUAUGCCAUAUUGGAUGAUGCAACAGUUGUGCUUGAAAGAGGGAGACAUAGUAAGGGUUACAAGUGUAAGUUUACCUAAAGGCACCUUUGUUAAACUGAAGCCCUGCUCAAAGGAUUUUAUGGAGUUGUCCAACCAUAGAGCUGUUUUAGAAACAGCUUUAAGGAACUACGCUACGCUGACUAUAGGCGACAAUAUUGUAAUUCAUUAUUUGGGAAAAACAUACGAAAUAAAAAUUGUGGAUUUAAAACCAGCUUUUGCCUGCACUAUUAUCGAAACUGAUGUCGAGGUGGAAUUUGAAGAACCUGUAGACCAUACUGAAAGUGUACAAUAUGUAGAAGAGCCUGUAUCUGUGGAAGAAAGCAAGUUCAUAGGGAAAGGGCAAAGAACCGAUGGUAAAGCGUGUAAAAACAUUAAAAAAGAAAAAGUCAAAACAAAAGUUGUUGAAAAUAUGGAACCAUGGAAGGAUAAACUAGUUGGGGGCGUCAGAAGCCAAUGUGUCGAAUAUGAAGAGAUGUUAAGGAAAGGCUGUAUUCCUGGAAUAAUAGGAAAAUUCAAGGAACGAAAAAAUUAA